AACACCACAUGAGAUGACCCGAUGUUAAGUUGUUCCCGGAUUCAUUCAAGUCGGAUGGUUCAAGAUGCAUUUACUGGACCAGCACCGCAACUUAGCCAGAUGUCACGAUAAUAUCAUUUCUUAGGAUCUCUGAAUGAACGUUACCUUGAGCAGGACAUCGCUCACGCCACUCUUUUGAUGUCUGAACGCUCGGUCUAAAAGCGCCCCGAAAGUAGAUCGCAAUCUCAUGCUUGGCAAUAACUCAGGUUCUUGAAGUCGCCCUUCUUGCUCAACGACCCGUCGGAUUGAACAAGAGUUGGUUACCUGACCAAAGGGCCAGCAAGAUGGACGGAAUUCCAGGCGAAAUCAAUCUUGUCACGCUCAAUUGCUGGGGCCUCAAGUACAUUGCGAAGCUGCGGCGAGAGCGGUUGACCGAGAUUGGAAGGCAGCUCGCCGUCGCCAGUCCGCAGCCGCACAUAGUUGCGCUACAGGAAUGCUUCACCCAGGAGGACUACACGAGCAUCCGCCGCGAAACACGCUUCAUCCUGCCCUAUGGCAAGUUCUACCACAGUGCCGCCUUUGGUGGCGGCCUGGCCAUCCUGUCGCGGUGGCCCAUCGAGGAGAGCACCAUGUACCGCUACCCGCUCAACGGCCGUCCGACGGCCUUUUGGCGCGGUGACUGGUUCGUUGGGAAAGGCGUUGCCUGCGCCAAGAUCCGGUACGGACCGGGUAUGAAGGACGUGAUCGAAGUUUUCAAUACUCACACUCACGCCCCCUACGAAGGCGGGAGGCCCGACGACUCGUACCUCUGCCACCGCAUCGCACAAUCCUGGGAGAUGGCCAAGCUGCUUCGCGGUGCUGCAGAGCGAGGCCAUCUAGUGGUUGCGCUGGGCGACUUCAACAUGAUCCCCAUGUCGCUGGAGCAUCGGCUCAUCACGGCUCUUGCCCCUGUUCGGGACACUUGGCGGGUCCUCCAUCCGGACAGCUCCGUCGGGCCCGCCCACCACCCGGCCGAGAAGGCCCGCCACCGCCCGAUUCCCACCGCCGAGUUCAACAUCCAGGAGAACGGGGCUUCCUCGGACGGCCCGUACAACACUUGGCGCUGGACAAAAGCACAGCAGAAGCUCCUGGGUCCGGGGAAGGCCCCUGUAGCCGUUCCGCCAGACACUAUCGAUCGCUUCGGAAAGCGCCUAGACUACAUAUUUGCCGGCUCCGGCGACAUCCAGGUCCUCGGCGGCGGUUGGGUCGUCAAGCGCGUCAGCGUAGGCAUGAUGAUGCGGCACCCGGAACUGGGUUGCUCGCUGAGCGACCACUUUUCCAUGGAAGCCACCCUCGUCUUCCACCCCCUACAAACUCGCCAGCAAUCCCAACCGCUCACCGAGUCAAAACCACACCGCUCAUCCAACACCAAAGCCAACCCCACAGCCAAAACCUCCUCACCCACAGCCGAGAAGGCCACGGGGGCGACCCCGUCGACGCUCCCCACCAAUGGCAACAUCACAACCCCACUAACAGACGGAGACGGCAAGGAAAAGGCCCAUUCCCUUUCACUCUCGGACGACCCCGAACAAGAAGACGCCUUCCACAACGGAACCUACCUCCAAAUCCGGCAGUCCCCGACCCCGAGCGUGGUCCGCAACGCCGAAUCAUACGACACCCAGCUCCUCUCCUUCCUCAAUGAUGACCGUCCCACCACCACCACCACAGACAACCCCCAGCUUCUUCUGUCCUCGAGCGCAUACGACGACAUGCUCGCCGUGGCCCACGCGUACGCGUCCCGCGAGCGCAGCCAGCGCAAGUGGCGCGCGCUGCACUUUUUCGCCUCGCUGCUCGUGACGCUGGCCUGCCUUGUGGGCGUGUGGUUCAGCCCGGCGAAUUAUGUUUCUUUUAUCUUGGUGCUCGUCAGCAGCCUGAGCCUGGCGGCGGGGACAAUAGACGGCCUGCUGGCCCUGCUCUUCUUCAAGAGCGAGCUGCGCGCUCUCAAAGAGUUUGAGUGGGAGGUCAGGAACGCCAAGGCCAUGACGCUGGGACGGGUAGGCAGAAGCGGACUGGGGUUGAUGGGCGGUGCUGGGGAGGCUGUUGGAAGGGUCGGAGGAGUGGAUGACGACGGGGGGUUGGAUGACCCAGCAUGAUACAUACGGUACAAAUCCACAUGUUGGUAGCAUCGGAGGUACUUGUCUAUAAUACCCAACCAUCAAUGUCCCAACAGUUGCUACAAACCCACGAUUUAGUAUCUCAUGCCAACGCUCACAGCUGGUUUCUACCCACAUGUAUUGUACAGCAAUGUUUCAAUCGCCAUGCUCUAAC